AUGCAUUCGCUGUCCCUACUUGGCUCAUGCUUGCUCUAUGCAGGAUUGGCCCAAUCGAAGCCUUACGGCAGCUCUGAGAAAGCUUUCCUUCCUUUCAAGCUUGUUCAGGGGCCAUCAAGUCCUCAGAUGCUGUCCCAAGAAGGCCAACUAGAUGGUCCAAAGUGGUAUUUUGACGCCGUCUCGUCUACUUCAAGGAAUGAGUCUAUCAAUGUGUUGUUCUAUAACCACGGUCCCGAUAGCUUCCAGGUACCCUACAUCGAUGGCCCUCUCAACCUUCAAAUCUCUGGAACCUUUGAAAAUGGCACUUGGUUCCUACUGAACGAUGAGGCAACUGGCGGCGCAGUCAUUGAAUCUGGCACUAAUGGUGUUAGUGGGAAAUUCAAGGGCGCUGGUGCGUCAUUCAAAGGAAGCAGUCUCAAUGAUCCCAACCCAGAGUACACCAUCACUGUCAAUAACAAGAGACUUGGCGUCUACGGCAAGAUGACCCUGCGAUCGGUCUCGCCUCCUCACUACCCGUGCGACAUCAACAAGGCUGGUGUUUCGCAAGAGAUCAUCCCAAAUGUGUUCUGGUCUAACGCCCAGCCUGAUGCUGUUGCAACUGUGGACUUUGUUAUCCAGGGAAAGCCCAUCAAGUUUACCGGUGUUGGCUACCACGACAAGAACUGGGCUUCCUCCCCUAUUGAGAAGGAGACCCGAUCUUGGUACUGGGGCCAUGGCCGCGUCGGUCCAUACUCCUUGGUGUGGUACGACACUGUCACCCCUAACGGCAAGGAGUACUUCUCAUCUUGGAUUACAAAGAAUGGAAAGAUCGUCUCCAAGAGCUGCGAGCCUAACGCCGUCGUCGUGAGGCCCUGGGGGAAGAACGAAGAGUUUCCUCCGGCCCGAGGCGCGCCUGCUCCCCCAGGUUACACUAUGCGCUACGAUUUGGGUGAACAGGGCAUUUUUGUGGCCAACUUCACUCGUGAGACUAUCACAUUGGAGACUGAUACUUAUAAGAGAAUGAUAGGAUCGAUCACUGGUGGUUUCGAGGGUAAGAAGCAGCAUAAAGGGUGGUCCUUGUGCGAGCAAUUCCAAUUUUAG